AUGGAGCCCACCGUCCCUGUCGGGGGAACCGGGUCCAAGGCGGACGGGGUGUUUGAGACCACAGGUGAGGACUCCAUCAGCACCCUGGGCCUGAUCCUUGGCGUGGGGCUCUCGCUGCUGCUCGUGUCCGUCCUGGGCUACAGCCUGGCCAAGUGGUACCAGCGUGGGUACUGCUGGGAGGGGCCUAAUUUUGUCUUCAACUUGUAUCAGAUCUGGAACCUGAAGGAGCCGGAGGCGGGUCCACCCUUCACCAUCAGUGGCCACGUCAGCAGUUCAGAUGGCGGCUACGUGAAGUUCUCCGACAGGCUAGUCUGAUGGGGGAGUGUCAGCCUCUGGAGCCCUGGAGAGGCGAGUGGAAGGUUGGCGAGCUCCUGGGUGA